UCUACCCAUCUCAGGGAAAGCCAUUGUAUUCCAGCCAUGGCGAGCACACAGCUAGGACUGAAGAUUGCUUUUUAUACGUAUCCCUGUCUUCUAUUUCUCACGUUAUUCGGGGUUCAAUCCUACCAGUUCUACCGCAGUCGCCGUAGAAAUGCGCGUCACGACGCGUCAAAUGACGAGCCACCGCAGAACGCCGGCAGCGUGCGGAAGAUUUAUGCGAGGCUGAUAUGGUCAUUCCAACUUGUUCUUUCUACCUUGUUGGUCGUUAGUAUUGUUAUUGCCGUACGCGAGGCCGUCGCUCGCCAACAUGAGGUGGUCGGCACAAUCGAAUUCACCUUCAGCGCGUAUCUGGCGGCUUACGUUGGAGUCUUGCUCUACUUCCUCGCUGGUUUACUACCUGACCCGGAAGGACCGUGGUCUCCGAAUGUCGCCCAUUGCUGCGCGUGGGUCAUUGGCGCACUCGUUGAAGCCGUCAUAACAGCCGUCCUUUCUUCUGUUAAACCCUCCCUGCAGGUGUCUAACGGAUUCGUUGACGCCCUCAACAUUCUUGGCCUGUCCAGAAUCGCGGUAUUCGCACUCAUGACAGUUACACUCGUCCUGAGAGAGUACAAACUGAGACCCACCAAGCUCAAGCCAGCCCCGGAAGAACGACAAUCACUUCUGGAGAGCGGGAAUGGCUCAUCAAGUAACUACGGUAGCGUCAAGGCUCACCCGCCAGUGAAUCGAGUUGCGAGGACCCAGGUUUCGGGUACGGGUUGGCUUGACUACUUGGCUGGAUUUCGAGUUCUGGUUCCCUACCUAUGGCCCAAAGACUCCCGUCUCUACCAGAUUAUUGUCGUUGUUUGUUUGAUCAUCAUGGUGUUCCAACGCAGCGUGAACGUCCUGGCUCCCAUGCAGCUUGGAGAACUUGUUGAUGCCCUCGGCAAGGGACGUCUACCAUACAAGGAGACCAUUCUUUAUGUUGUUUACCGCGCCCUUCAGGGUAAUCAAGGAAUCCUUGGCGCCGCGAGGGCUGUCCUAUGGAUCCCGGUUUCUCAAUCACUCUUCCGGAGACUGUCCACUGCGGCAUUCGAGCAUGUGCUGGGGCUCUCCCUGGAAUUCCACCUGAACAAGAAGAUCGGCGAGGUGACAAGUGCGCUGAGUCGAGGCUCGUCAAUCAACACGUUUCUGGAGAGCUUUUGCUUCCAAGUGUUCCCCAUGGUAUUCGACAUCUUUGUUGCAGGAGUCGUCUUGUUCAUCAACUUCGACCCUUUUUACACCAUCAUCGUAUUCUUCAUCAUGUGGUCUUACAUCUUCCUUACCAUCUACGUGGCCAAAUACCGUGGUAACCUAAGAAGGGACAUGACGAUCAAGACCCGCGAGAUGGAGGCCAUAAAGACAGAUGCCCUCCUCGCAUACGAGACGGUGCAGCACAAUUGCGCAAUCCCCCGCGAAGCCGAACGAUUCAAGGACCACGUCACUGUUCUUCAAAAUGCGGAGCGCCUGGUUCAGUGGUCACUCAACGGUCUCAAUCUCACACAGAGCUCGAUAUUUACUCUUGGAACCGCCCUCCUGGUCGCUGUUUCUGCCUACAAGAUUUCCAUUGGCGAGCAAACGGUUGGCGAAUUUGUCACUCUAAUCAACUACUUUACCCAGCUUCAGGGUCCUCUCAAUUUCUUUGGAACUUACUACACCAUGCUUCAAAACAACCUUAUAGAAGCUGAACGAAUACUUGACCUAUUUCAAGAGACGUCUGGAGUAGUAGAAAAGCCGGAUGCUGUCGGGUUAUCCUCGCCACGAGGAGAAGUCACCUUCAAUGAUGUCAAUUUCUCCUACCAAAGCAACAUAGGCAAGCCCGUUAUCAACGGCAUCAGCUUUACUGUUGCACCGGGCACGAAGACGGCAAUCGUAGGCGAGUCCGGCAGUGGCAAAUCGACGUGCCUGAAACUUCUCUUCCGUUUCUACGAUGUCUCUGGCGGUUCCAUCACCAUCGAUGGUCAAGAUCUCAAAGACUUGAAGCUGGACAGCGUCCGCAGCAACAUUGGCGUGGUGCCACAGGAUACAGUGCUGUUCAACGAUACUAUCAUGUACAACCUGCUCUACGCCAAACCUCAGGCUUCCGAGACCGACGUCGUUGAGGCAUGCAAGGCGGCCAACAUUCACGAUCACAUCCUUGGUUUCCCAGAUGGCUAUCAAACUAGGGUUGGAGAACGGGGUCUCAAGUUGUCAGGAGGUGAACGCCAGCGCAUUGCUAUCGCGCGGGCGAUUCUCAAAGACGCUCGUAUUUUACUCUUGGAUGAGGCUACUUCAUCUCUAGAUUCCCACACCGAGAGACAAAUUCAGGAUGCUCUUGAGAAUGUCACAGCCGGGCGAACAACAAUUACCAUCGCACAUCGCCUUUCCACCAUCACGACGUCUGACCAGAUUGUUGUUCUUCACAAGGGUAAGGUAGUGGAGCGUGGCACGCAUGGUGAGCUACUAUCGCUUAAGGGGCGGUAUCAUGCCAUGUGGGAAAAACAGACAAAUACAGAGAGGAAAGAAAAGGAGAGAAUGGAGAUAGAGGGUGAGUCGUCGGAAACAGGGUCCCACGAGUAAGGAGACCGUGUGUCUUUUACCUGUGUGUCUCUUACCGCAACAACCUAGCAAAGCUACUAGGUGCAGAGACUGUAACUACAUCCCUGUAACAUCGAUUUUUCGGCGAACCACAAUGACAUCCUUGCGGUUAACUCGAUUAUCUCGCGGCUAGAUAAAAGGGUGCCCUGCUGUAACUUGCAUCUCUAAUCCACGCUUAGUCCUUUCUUUAACAAAAUUAUGUCUGUGCUAAA